UUGAAAAUCAAAGCAAUAUUUAUUUGUUAUUAAAGCUUUGGGUUAAGAUCUCCGCGGCCACUUUUAUAUACUUGGUUGCUCCAUUGUCAAAAAAACAGAACGAAUCCGAUUUGGAUAAGAAAAUAGUUAACCAAGGCGAUUUUGUACGUCUUACAGGUCAGGAUUGGAAAAUUGGCGCUACAGCACCUCAGCAAACCGAUGUCACAGCGGAAGUAAUAAAAAUUGAUCUAACCAGUGAAUCAAAUAAUUCAGAGUUAGAAAGCAUUUUAGAAAGAAUCCAAAGUCAGGGUAACAAAAUCCGUGAAUUAAAAUCGCAGAAAGCUCCUAAAUCAUCUAUAGAACCAGAAGUUCACAUUUUACUUAAACUAAAGUCUUCGUAUAAAACACUAACAGGUAAAGAUUGGACACCUGAAGCAAAAAUGGACAGAACUAAAGCAGCAACUACACCUAACAUAUCUUCGGCAACCGAAAAAGAACUACUUACGAAAGAAAUAAACGAGCAAGGCGAGAAAGUGCGUACAGCUAAAACCAAAAACGCAUCAAAGGACGUAAUUGACGCUGAAGUUAAGAAGUUAUUAGCGCUUAAAGCUAAAUACAAAGAAGUUACUGGCACAGAUUUCCCCGUAGCUGGACGUGGAAGUAGCAGUUCUGCAAAGAAAACCACUGAAAAAGGUACUAAGACCCAAAAAACUGAAUUGAAAAAUGCCUCGAAAACGGAAACACCAACUGGCGCUGUUAAGAAACAAACUCGUUUAGGCCUUGAAGCAACCAAAGAAGACAAUCUGCCUGAGUGGUACACACAAGUUAUAACCAAAGGUGAACUUAUUGAAUACUAUGACGUUUCCGGCUGUUACAUUCUACGACAUUGGUCAUUUGCUAUUUGGAAGUAUAUAAGAUCUUGGUUUGAUGGCGAAAUAACAAAAAUGGGGGUAAAAGAAUGUUAUUUCCCGAUGUUUGUUUCAAAAGCAGCUUUAGAAAAGGAGAAAACGCAUAUUGCUGACUUUGCACCUGAAGUAGCUUGGGUUACUAAAUCCGGUGAGUCUGAUUUAGCUGAGCCAAUUGCAGUACGUCCAACGUCUGAAACAGUUAUGUAUCCUGCAUAUGCAAAAUGGGUUCAGUCAUAUCGUGAUUUACCGAUUCGCCUAAAUCAAUGGAAUAACGUAGUCCGUUGGGAAUUUAAACAUCCGCAACCAUUUUUACGUACACGAGAAUUUCUUUGGCAAGAGGGACAUAGCGCUUUUGCAAACAAAUCCGAAGCUGAAAAAGAAGUUUUAGAUAUAUUAGAAUUGUAUGCACAAGUCUACACAAAUCUCAUGGCAAUACCAGUUGUUAAAGGACGAAAAACGGAAAAGGAGAAAUUUGCAGGUGGUGAUUACACAACUACAGUUGAAGCAUUUAUAUCUGCUUCAGGUCGUGCAAUUCAGGGCGCAACAAGCCAUCAUUUAGGACAAAACUUUUCAAAAAUGUUUGAAAUCGUUUUCGAAGAUCCGGAAACUCAGCAAAAAGAAUUUGCAUGGCAGAAUUCAUGGGGUAUAACAACGCGUACUAUUGGUGUUAUGAUUAUGGUUCAUUCUGAUAAUCAAGGAUUGGUUUUGCCGCCACAUAUAGCGUGCAUUCAAGCAAUCAUUGUACCAUGUGGAAUUACUGUUAACACGAAAGAAGAUGAACGGGAACAAUUAAUGCAAUCAUGUAAAAAUCUCGAAAGACAAUUGAGUGCGAAAGGUAUACGUUGCGAAGGAGAUUACCGUGAUAAUUACUCUCCAGGCUGGAAAUUCAAUCAUUGGGAAUUAAAAGGUGUUCCUAUUCGUAUUGAAGUCGGACCUAAAGAUAUGAAAGCAAAUCAAAUUGUAGCAGUACGCCGCGAUUCAGGUGAAAAAUUGAUUUUAGCUUUGGAUGAUGUCGACUCAAAAAUUCAGCAACUUCUUGAAACAAUUCACGAUAGCAUGUUGGCGAAAGCACAAUCAGAUUUGGUUCAGCACACAAAAAUAACAAAGAACUGGUCCGACUUUUGCAUGUUUUUAGAUCAGAAGAAUAUAUUACUUUCUCCAUUCUGUGGUGAAACGUCAUGCGAAGAUAAAAUCAAAGCCGAUAGUGCAAGAGAUCAAGAAGCUGAGCCUGGUGCUCCAGCUAUGGGUGCUAAGUCGUUAUGCAUACCAUUCGAUCAACCAGCUGCCAUAACAGUAGCUGACAAAUGCAUUCAUCCAAGCUGCACAAAUAAACCUAAAUUUUACACGCUGUUUGGACGUAGCUAUUAAAAAGCAUGUAAAAAAUUGGGAUUCAAUUCGAUUGAAUUUAAUAAAAAUAAAUUAAACUUUUAAUGUUAUACAUAUUUGAAAAAACUUUUACAAUUUUGUUAAU